UCGUUUCCUGUAUCUUCCUCCAACACCAACAUACAGCGAAGCUGCGGCGACUGUAUUUUGUAUAGCAAUCUGGGGUGUAUGGGUACCUUUUACGCUUGGUUACAUCUCCAUAUAUACCUGCUUGGCCCUGACUAUUGAGCGAUGGUUGGCGGUUGUGAAACCACAAAUUUACCGAUCGUUGAAAUGUCGUCACGCCAUAUUAGCUGUCGUCGUUGUCUGGCUCUGGGCAUGCGCAAUAAACAUUACAGUGCUGUUUCGAAUGAAGUAUGAUGUCGCGACGAAAAAAUGCAAAUAUGUGCCAAUACCUCAAGCAGAAACAAAAUUGGUUUGGAUGGAUUUCACGGUGCAGACCAUAAUCCCAAAGUCUGCCAUGGUAGUGCUCUAUUGUCACGUGUGUUACACCUUAAAAAAGCUCCCCAGUCUAUCCUGCAACGACGCAAAGUUGAAAAAGGUUACUGUGGUAGCCCUUGUCGCAUGUUCCGCGCUCAUAGUGAACUGGCUUCCUGGAAGAAUCACAUUCAUGUUGUCAAAAUAUGGCAUCCUUGGUAUAGAUGAUGAGAUCCAUAUU